AUGUUAAUGAACACAUUGCACCAUGCCAAGUUUUGGAGAACCGCCUUGUCGAAGACGAGAAGGAUUUUUCAAAAUGAGGCAUACACUGCAUUUAACGGCAGCGACAAAAAGAGGCACGCCUCAAGUGUGUAUGACCACGUUCAGGCGAAACAGGAAAAAAGCAAAAAAGGAGCAGCACCCACGUUAGGCCCUGAGGAAAAUGCACACGAAGCCACAUCGCAGCAAAUGGAAGCACCACCCAUUAGGAGCCAACACGAGGAGAAAUUUAACCAAACGAUUAAAACUUUCUAUGUCGAUAAAAAUGUUUUUUUUCUUGUAGGAUGUUUAUCAUCCUUGUACAGUGUAUUUGUGUAUGACUUCUUCACAAACAGAUGUGUGCAAAUAUUUUCCAAUUUUUUUUUUUUUAUGUUUCAUUUUACUAAGAAGACGGUGAAUGUAUUGGCCUGCAUAGUACACACUCUGUUUAUUUUCCUUCAAGUGUGCGUUCUGGUCAUUAAAUCCAGCGCCAACUUGAACUUGUCCCUCGGUGGAUGA